CCUUCGAACGUUAACAUGCUGACCAACAACAACGAGCUAAUGGAGCAGUUCUACUACGCCGACGAUUCGCCACUACCCGUCCUGCCAGAGUUCCUGGGCAACGACGCCUUUCAGCAGCUGGAGCAGUUCAUGUACCAGCAGGAGUUCAGCCCCAGCAGCGGCGAUAGCCUAUCAGAGGGUACCGCCAACAGCUGCUCCAUGGAACAGUACUACGACGACACCCCGGCUGUUCUGGAGCUGGAGCACAUGCUGAGUGUCCAGGAGCAGCAGCAGCAACACCAUCACCUGGGAAAGAGCCAGGGAGCCAGGAGCACGAAGUACUGGGCAAAGCAGGAGCGAAGCAAACCAUACGAAAAGCACUCCGCCUUUGUUUCCUCGUCAGGAUCCUGCGCCUCCUCCGCUAGCAGCAGCUCCUUGCCUUCCCCGUGCGGCGGCGAGGUCCUGAAGAAGCGGCGACUGGCGGCCAAUGCCCGCGAACGGAGACGGAUGAACAGCUUGAACGACGCCUUCGACAAGCUAAGGGAUGUGGUGCCUUCGCUGGGCCAUGACCGGCGGCUAUCCAAGUACGAGACGCUGCAAAUGGCGCAGGCGUACAUCGGCGACUUGGUCACGCUACUGUCCAGGGACUACUGAGAGGAAGAAACCUCCUCCUCUCGUCUGGCGGAUGUCCCUUCUAGCGGGCUGUGUUGUAGCAACACUUCGGAAACGAAAACCUAG